CGCUCUUUUGGGUCUUCCUGGAAAACGAAGCUCAUCGAAGAAGAAGGAGAAGAAGAAGAAGAGAAGGAAGGGAGAAGAAGAGCUUCGAGAGCAACGAUGUCGGACGAGGAGCAUCACUUCGAGUCGAAGGCCGACGCCGGAGCAUCCAAGACGUAUCCUCAGCAGGCCGGAACCAUCAGGAAGAACGGCUACAUCGUCAUCAAGGGCAGGCCCUGCAAGGUUGUGGAAGUUUCUACCUCCAAGACAGGAAAGCAUGGUCAUGCUAAGUGCCACUUUGUUGCGAUUGAUAUCUUCACAGCUAAGAAGCUAGAAGAUAUUGUGCCAUCCUCUCAUAACUGUGAUGUCCCUCAUGUCAACCGUACGGACUACCAGCUCAUUGACAUUUCUGAAGAUGGAUUUGUUAGUCUCCUGACUGACAGUGGAGGCACAAAGGAUGACCUAAGGCUCCCCACUGAUGAAAAUCUGCUCACUCAGAUCAGAGAUGGCUUUGGAGAAGGGAAAGAUCUGGUUGUCACUGUCAUGUCUGCCAUGGGAGAGGAGCAGAUCUGUGCUUUGAAGGACAUCGGCCCCAAGAAUUAGAGAGUCACUGCAAGACAUAGGUUUUGAAACUCUGUGCAAGUCUUCUAGUUGGUGCUGCUUGAGACCUAUGUCUGCUAUAUGGUGACUCAGGUUAUUCAGGUACUUGGUUCUUCAUUUGACGAGAGUAUAUACUGAAUCUACGUGACUGAAUGGUUAUGCCAUUAUCCCUGGUAUUUAUUUUAUGGUGACUUUUUUACUUUCAUUUGUUGUAUUGAAUGGUUAUAUGACUCAGGAGAACAUAUAUGUGUCUUAAUAUUUAAUUGUCGUGUUUGUAUGUUCUUCAAGUGAUUCUUGUUUUGAUACUUA